AUGGCAGUCAUUUGUUCAUAUGUUGGUCGUCUUGAAAUAUUCCAUAAUGGUCAAUGGGGUACAGUUUGUAAUAAGUCUUGGACAUUUCAAGAUUCUCUUGUUGUUUGUAAAGAAUUAGGAUAUGUUUCAACUGAACAAUUUUAUACAGCAGGACUUACUAAUCCAGGAACUGCCACUCAACAAGGUGAUCCAGUACGAUUAAUAGGUGGUACAUCAUCAAUGGAAGGACAUGUAGAGAUAUUACAUAAUGGAGAAUGGGGAACUGUCUGUGAUAAUCACUGGACUAAUGAUGAUGCUACUGUUGUUUGUAAACAGUUAGGAUUUAAUGGAUCACAAGGUAUUGCUAUUCAAGGAGGACAAUUUAGUUCAG